AUGAAGUUCACGCUGAACACCGCCCUCGUCGCUCUAGGAGUGGCGUUCGCCACCUCUCUUCCCGCGCAGGUCGCCGCCGACGGGCCUGGCCAGCCCAACUACCAGCCCGAUCACAAGCCGAGCACGACGUCGUAUUCGACCAUGUCUACUUCGUAUUACAAGACGACUUCUUCGUACUAUACGACCACCACGCCAUACUACCCUUCGAAAAGUCCUUAUCCCUCGAAGGGCUCCGGCGGUGGCGGUUACGACAACGGCUACAAUGGCAAGGAUGGCAAGGACGAUUACAACGGCAAGGACGGCUACAGCGGCAAGGACGGCUACAACGGCAAGGAUGGUGGCUAUGGGGUCCAGGACAAGGGCGGCUACGAUGGGAAGGAUAAAUCGGACGGCUACUCGAGCUCAAGUUAUGGGAACGACAACUCUAAGGGAUACCAGGUCUUAUGGGGCCAAUGUGGUGGAUACUACUACUACGGGACGAAGAAGUGUCCUCCCGGCGCUUAUUGUCGGUAUUUCUCGGAUUGGUACUCGCAGUGCAACCCGAACAACAACUGA